AUGAUAGAUUACAACAAGUUGGAGCAUUUUUCAGAUCUUGGAAAUUUUGAGAAGUUUACAUCAUUUGACGCCCAGCUGUCAAUGGUGCUCUUAACAGAUAUCAAAGUCUUCGAGGAGAAAGCAAAAGAAAUGAUCCAAGCAGAUCCAAAGAAGACCCGCCUCACAACAAAGUAUAAAAAGGAUUCACACAUUUUUGUUAUGAAAAUUUUCAACGGCAAAGACGCAUACAAGAUUAAUAUAGAAAAGGAAAAUGACUUCAAAGAAUCACAAAGAAUUAUUUCUUCAUUACUCCACCUCAUGACAAACGAAAAGUUAAUUUAA